GCCCGCUCGUCGACACCUCCCGCGGCGUAUGAGUGUGUGACAGGCCGUCCCUGCGUCGUUGCUGCUGUCGUCCAGAAUCGCGGUCGCUCGAGGUUGUCACGCUGCUGCAGCGCUAAAGCGAACACAGGGUGCGUGCGAGAAAAAAGUCACCCCGACGGCGCCAGCGUUCACCACCUGUAGCCCCCGGAAGCCGCAGCCUGCGCACCGCUUUGUCAAUGACGGCGGUCGCCCCUCCCCCCAAUUUCCAAAACAUCGCCCGCCAAGGAUGGAGUGGCUCUAACGGCGUCGCCAACGGUGUGAACCCUAUGGGCGACAACGACUUCCGAAUGUUCAUGCCUCGCAAGAACGCGCAACGAUCCACGUCUUCGUCGUCCCUUUCGUCGUCGGCAUCGUCCAGCACGACAAUACCAGCACCGUCCGCGCAGACCAACGGUGUCGGUCCCUCACCAGCUGGAGAAGGGUCGACGUGGGCAGCACGCAAGAAGGCGCCAAGAGGGCUAUGGCCAGCGUCCAAGACAGAACCUAUCUCGGGCAUAUCAACAGCACGGCCGCAGUCAAUUGCUUCGGCAGGACCUGGCCCCUCGGCAGCCUCUUCAAUAUCGGCCCUGCACUCUCCUGCCGCAAUGGUUCCCUCACAGCACAGUGGGCAGUCGCAGUCACAGCAGAACGGCGCGCCGCGGCCCCAGCAUCAGGAAAGCAGCGCCAUAUUACACCUAAUACCCAUGAACGGCACCUUUGAGCGAAAGACCAUCACCGUUCCCUUCUUCCCCGACGUGCUCCGCAUUGGCCGACAAACAAACAACAAAACAAUACCAACGCCUUUGAACGGAUACUUUGACUCCAAAGUGCUGUCUAGACAACAUGCGGAGAUUUGGGCCGAUCGAAAUGGGAAGAUUUGGAUACGCGACGUAAAGUCGUCAAAUGGUACCUUUGUUAACGGCCAGCGACUGUCGCAAGAGAACAGAGACUCUGACCCGCACGAACUACGGGAACAAGAUAUGUUGGAGCUCGGUAUCGAUAUCGUUAGCGAAGAUCAAAAGACGAUUGUGCAUCACAAGGUCGCUGCACGGGUAGAGCAUGCAGGUAUCUAUUCCAACACAGGUAACAACAUGCUUGACCUCAACUUCGGUGAGAUUGAGAAUCAACAGUUGUCUAAUAUGAUGGGUCCAGGUGGACAGUCGCAAAUGGCCAAUAUGCGGGGCCGGGCUCCUAGCCAAGGCUCAAUGACUGGGGGGCGAAUGCAAGGAUCUGCAGGUACAAUGGGAAAUAAUGCGAAUGCGAUGCAGCAGCAGCAGCAGCAGAGACAUACCAACUUUUGGCUGCAGCCCAUCACCAUGGAGCAAGUGGUGAAGAAGCUCAAUGCUGAGAUCAAAACUGCACGACAACAGUCCCAUGAACUCCAACAAACCCAUCACUACAUCAACUCGAUACUCUCAAUGGAUCCCAAGAAGGAGGCCGCCAAACCCUCGCCCAAUAACCAUGUGAAGGUCUCUCCCAUCAAGGAUCUCAAAACAAGGUUCUCCGAACCUCCAGCACCACCACCCCAACAACCAUUGCCAGAGAAGCCUAAUACUCACCAGCCAUCGCUCCGGCGGUCAGACACUGAGCGACCCAAGAGUACAAGCUCACCGGUUCGAUCAGAUUCCCACUCUCAGAUAUCUUCCCUCGCUCAAGAACUGACAUCUGCGAAGAAGGAAAUCGAGUCUCAAAGCGCUCGAUUACGGAAUCUGGAAACCUUGCUAAGCGAGGAACGCCGUGCUCGAGAGGAUGCCGAGGAGCGAGCCAAACGGUUCGAGCGUGAAUCCCCCAGGGACCGAGAAGUUGCUGAGCCCACCCUUGCCCAGGUUAUUGAAGAAACUCCUGAACCCGAGAGUGGCACUCAGCCUGAGCGUGCUGAAGGCACCGGGUUAGAGAAUGGCUCUGCGUCUCCUAGUAUCGCUGACAUUGCAACCUCUCGUCUUCAACAACGGCUGGAGUCGAUGGUGUCUGAGAUGAAUGAGAUGAAGCAGCAAAUGGAGAAUUAUCGUAUCCGAGCUGAGACUGCAGAGGCCGAAAGCGCAACACACCGCAAGACUCUUGCAGAGAUGGUCGAGAAGAUCAGACAGGAUGACGCAAAGAGGGCCACAAAAGAAGCUAAGCGCCGAAGCCAAAGCGAUAGCGACCCAGGACUAGAAUCGACUAGCAGCAGGAUGGAUGGGCCAGACGAAGCUGACAACUCUGAAGAGGGUGAAAUCACAAUUAUUAAUGAGAAGGAUAUAGACGAGGAUGGCGCAGGCGCCUUAUUGCGAAGGGUUGCUCAAAAUGGGGAACCAGGCUCUUCCCAAGAUCCGGCAAGCGCGGGCCUCGUAAAAGCUACACACGCGCUGGCAACUCAACUACCCAACCGUACCGAUACUCUCACAGCUAGCGGCCCCGUAGUGUCUCUCUUUACCGUUGUCGCUCUUGGUGUCGCAGUCAUGGCAUGGUUGAACGCCUACCCCAAGGUAGAACGGUGAAGCACAAUUUGCCAAGGUUAGUCUGCUACAACACCGCUCGCGGGGCGCUGCUUCUGGGGAUGAAGGGGCAAAGAGUAGACGUGGAGAAGAGAAUUAAAUGCGUGGUGCAGCAAUAAUUAACGCGGAAGCACUUGGUCAUCUCCACUAGUGGUCUUUUUGCUGCCAGGGACUAUUGCACCAAACUACUCCCCACGCAAGUUCGCAACGAUCUGCACGCCCACCUUUCGAGACUACUCACGACUUUGGAGACGAUAUGCCUGCCUUCGAAUUGGACAGUUGCAAGACAUUGCACGACACUGCACGACAGGAAAACGUUACCAUUUACGAAACGUCCAUUUGGACAGCCUAUCAAGACCGCACGCGUUGUUCUACAUGAAAGGGCGACCUAUG